AUGAUUGAGGCUGCUUCGACAUCAACAUUGUCGGUCAGCCAUUCCAAUGACCUCAUGGACCACGGUGACCUAAGUGCCAUUGCUGCCUUCAACAAGGCUCAUGAUGAAUCCCAGAGAGCUAGGAGAGCUGCUACUCAAUCGCCAGAAAAGCCAGCUCCGGUUGUCUAUCAGAAGCCGUCGGUCAUACAGCAAACUUCGAAGGUAGAGCCUUCACGGGUGAGCAGCGCACCGGCCACUCCAAUUGCUGCUUCUGUGCCUGCCCCGCGGGCAUCAGCGCCCGUUACGCCCUCUGUCCCACCAUUAGCCAUCGUACAGACAUCAACUUAUGUAUCCUCCACGACGGGCGUUAAAAGGGCUGCCGAAGGACCCUUAGAUACCCUUGGAUCGUCUCCGAAGAGACAACAGCUUCUUCCACCAUCUACUCUGUCCCAGUCUCGUAUGAAGGAGGCAUCUAGCGGGCCACAAACCACUGCACAGGAAACAACCCGACCUCUAAUCGAGGAGUCAGCUUCCCGGUCUGAGUACAUUUCAGAUAGUGACGAUGACUAUGAGAGGGAGUCGGCUGAUGACUCUCUCCCUGGCGCCCUGGGGUACUCCUUUUCGAGUGCCUUUUCCAAUGGUCAACUUCUAGACCCCAGCCAACAUCUCAGAAUCCAGUCCCUGCCUAUCCUUGAUAAUCUGUCAUCUCAGCUGCUUAGCACACUACUACAGGGCCAAUUUCAGGAUACCUUAAUUACAGUCACCCAACCGGAGACUGAUCAAGGCCAGGCAUAUGCAACUCUGAAAGCUUUAUUUUUUCAGACAAAACGGCUUUAUAGCUCCGAGGCGUUCUUGUCAACUGACGAACUUCGGUUCCAGGUCGCGGAGCACAGGAACAUGAUACGGCAGGUCAAUCUUGCAACAUUUGUUACUUCUCUCUUUGGAUCUACGGAGGUCGGAUUCUUCCAUCUCAACCGAUACUUCUUAUCUACGUUUGUCCCUGAAGGUGGACGCCUCCUGAAGAACCAAGGUGGACUAUUCCUUGGAUUGAAAACCCAGGCCUAUAUAUCUGCUAUAGAUACUGGAGAAAAGACUAAGGAACAAUUAUUAGAUGAUUUGUUCGAAGAUGACAUUGCCGGAAAGCUCACUGAUAGGAGGGGGGGCUCAAAGGAACUCAUUCCAAGUGAGAUCGAAUUUCUUGGUCGGGUUAAGAACCGCCGUGAGCAACUCGAAAGAGCACCGCUAGAUGUCCCUGUCCUUCGAGAGAUUUACCCUUGGCAAGAUUGGCUGCGGGAGAUGAUUCAAUAUGUUACCAAGCACCGAGACUCGAUCCUCGCCCCCACUACACGGAGGAAAUUAAAACGACUAGAAGCUGCGCAAGGUGACUCGAACAAGCACAUGUUCCAGGCCCAGACGCAAACACCUGGUUCUUUGUAUGGUCAACAUUCAACCCUGUACACACCCCCUCCUGGAUCACAACCGGUAUAUCCUGGCUAUAGUUCCGUGGGGCGUCCAAGUAUGCACGCAGCGUACUCGGCGCAUGUGGCUGCUCCGGGUAUUAGCCAAACUUCUCUCUCUGGCAACUCUCCCAACCCGGCCCUAUCUGUUGGCACUUCACAAGCCGUGACACCCCAUCCAGAACAAAGCACCCCCACACAUAUCCUAUACGAACAAGCGAGAUUAGCGGCCACUGCUCGCCAAUCCCCUAAUGCGCGCCGAGCGGGGCUUCCGUCUCAACGUCGUCCAUGGAGCACCGAGGAAGAACAUGCGUUGAUGGUCGGUCUAGACUAUGUCAAGGGGCCGCAUUGGUCUCAAAUUCUUGCUAUGUUUGGAGCUGGGGGAACUGUUAGCGAGGCGCUAAAAGAUCGCAAUCAGGUUCAAUUGAAGGAUAAAGCACGUAACCUGAAGCUAUUCUUCUUAAAAAGUGGAAUGGAUGUACCAUACUAUCUACAGUUUGUUACUGGUGAGUUGAAGACGAGAGCACCGGGACAAGUUGCGAAGAAUGAGAAGAGGAAACAGCAAGAAGAAGAGGCAAUUCAGAAUAGAGCAACUGUUGACGCUCUUAAUGUUCUUGCCGGCGGCGCCACCAACGGUGAAGGCCAUUCUGCUCUCCGAGCACAUGGUCACCAUUCACAACCUAUGUUACAGCCCCCACGGCCGCAGCCUACGCCUGUCCCAACAGCUCACCACCCACAACGUUGGGCGAUGUCUCAAGGUUCACCACCAUCACAAUCACAUUCUACUGUUACUCCAAAGACGGAGCCUGCAAACCAUUAUCACAACACUCAGGCUACCCCACGACAACAGGUUCAGUCACAGGCUGCUCAGUAUCACACCACCUCCUCCACAGCGGCAAAUCAGCACCAACAAGCUACACGCGCACCCCAACUAUCACAAUCCCAAAUACAGGCACAGGCGCAAUCUCAACCACAACGAGCUGCAGCCUCUGCUUCCCCACAGCAACCCGUUGCCACUCAAAUUCAGACAGCGUCCCAUGUCCAACGCCCUCCAUCAACUCCGGUUGCAACCGCUCCGCCGUCAUUGACAGCGGCGGUUCCUAAACAAACACCCCCUGUUACCCCUCUGAAGACUCCAUCUGUUUCUGCUGUUCCUCAGCAGCAAUCACCUCGACAAGCACUUGCGACUCAGAAGCCGACCGCGGUCACAGCCCUCCAGCCUUCGGCAUCGCAAGCUACCACAACAACUCAAGUAGCUUCGUCGGCCGUUGCUGUUGCUUCUCAUUCAUCACCUUCGGCCGUUUCUAUACCCUCUAAACUGCCAUCUUCGAAUAUCCCUAAUUCGAAUGGCCAUACCCCUUUACUACUUCCAUCUUUGCCUGCCCCUAGUGCUCCUCAGCCACAAGCAUCCUCUACUAUAUCUCAGUCCCCAUCUGUUGCUCCUACACCACCUCAGCCACUUGCUUCUCCCGCUAUACAGGGCCUAGCUGAAACUAUGGCGACGAAUGUUGAAUAG